UUUACCAAUAUUACCAGCCCAGUUCUUCCUAUCCUUGCCUAGCUAGGGCUGGUGUUUCCGCACCCCGUCGUGGAGAGUGGCUGCUGAGUGGCCGCUAGGUGUUCGGGUCGUCAUGGCUGGUUACGAAUACGUGAGCCCGGAGCAACUGGCUGGCUUUGAUAAGUACAAGUACAGUGCUGUGGAUUCCAACCCACUUUCUCUGUAUGUCAUGCAUCCAUUUUGGAACACUGUAGUAAAGGUAUUUCCUACUUGGCUGGCUCCAAACCUGAUAACCUUUUCUGGCUUUCUGCUGGUUGUGUUCAACUUCCUGCUUAUGGCGUACUUCGACCCUGACUUUUAUGCUUCAGCACCAGGUCACAAGCAUGUACCCGAUUGGGUUUGGAUUGUUGUGGGCAUCCUCAACUUCGUAGCCUACACUUUAGAUGGUGUGGAUGGAAAGCAAGCCCGCAGAACCAAUUCCAGCACCCCCUUAGGGGAGCUUUUUGACCAUGGCCUGGAUAGUUGGUCAUGUGUUUACUUUGUUGUGACUGUGUAUUCCAUCUUUGGACGAGGAUCAUCUGGUGUCAGUGUUUUUGUUCUUUAUCUGCUGCUAUGGGUUGUUUUGUUCUCUUUUAUCCUGUCCCACUGGGAAAAGUAUAACACAGGGGUUCUCUUCCUGCCGUGGGGAUAUGACAUUAGCCAGGUGACUGUUUCUUUUGUCUACAUAGUGACUGCGAUUGUGGGAGUUGAGGCCUGGUAUGAACCUUUCCUGUUUAAUUUCUUAUAUAGAGACCUAUUCACUACAAUGAUUAUUGGUUGUGCAUUAUUUGUGACUCUUCCAAUGAGUUUAUUCAACUUCUACAAAAGCUAUAGAAAUAACACCUUGAAACACAGUUCGGUCUACGAAGCGAUGGUUCCCAUCUUCUCUCCAUGUUUGCUGUUCAUCUUGUCUACGGCGUGGAUCCUGCAGUCGCCUUCCGAUGUUUUAGAGACACACCCCAGGCUGUUCUACUUCAUGGUCGGGACAGCCUUUGCCAACAGCACAUGUCAGCUGAUUGUUUGUCAAAUGAGCAGCACGAGGUGCCCAACUUUGAGUUGGUUGCUGGCGCCCCUCCUCCUGGUUGUCAUGGCGGUAAACCUAGGCGUGUCUGCGUACACGGAGAGCGUUCUUCUGUAUGUCCUCACGGCUCUUUGCACUGUGGCCCACAUCCACUAUGGAGUACGAGUGGUAAAGCAGCUGAGCGACCAUUUUCAGAUUUACCCCUUCUCAUUGAGGAAACCAAACUCAGACUGACUAGGAAUGGAAGAAAAGAAUAUUGGCCUGUAACCUACAGAGAGAAGUACUGUAAAUAAGAUGCUUGUAAAUAUUUCACCCAUCACCUUUGAACUACACUGAUCUGCCUGACGGACAUGGGAACUCUGUGUGUGGUACUUGUACAGCAGGAACGAUGUGCAUCGUCUGAAACGUGGAGUUUUGGGCCUACGAACUCCCGGCUUGUUUUAUUUUUUUAUAAAACCAUGUGAUGUUUCCGUUAAGCAUAUUGUACAUUAGACCAGCAAAAUAUUUCUAGUGAUUUUAGCUUCAUGAAUCCAUAAUGUUUUGGUUCAUACAGAGUUAAAGAUGCUCUAUUUUUAUUGUUUUCAAAGCCCCCAAAUUGGUUUAGAGCACUGACAGAUAACAUUCAGAAAACCACAGUAUGUUUUCAUGUUGGAUACUUAGUAGUUGUAGUCGGUUGCUCACUAUGGAAGCCAUCGUAGCCCACAUCUAAUGUAGGGAAAAGGUAAGAGCAGGUCACCUUCAGCAAGAGAUGCCAAAAGAUUCCAGAACAAUAUACAGGUUUGCCAAAUACUGGUUCCUCUUUCCCAUGGAAAUGCCUUUGUCCUCAUGUGCUAACAGAUUCUCUAGUGUUCUGGCUGUCUUAGUUGUGGAACUGAACUUGGUAAAUGGUUUGGUUUUCUUUUAAAGAAACAUCCUAUUGAGACUCAAUAGAGAAUGGAUUGUAAUUACAGCUCACCCAUUGGCAUGGUCCACUGUUUAAACGUGGCAUUCCACCCCCACGCCCCCUCAGAUGCACGUUGCUGAGAUUUGGUGCCUGUAAACUAUGAUUAAAUGAACGUCUGUGACUGCGUGAGUCUUACGGUAGUUACUCGUGAGGAACACAGAUACGCUUUCUUCCUAGAGAACUUUACUUUGGAGUAUGAAUCUCACGAACCUCAUUAUGAAAUUACUACCGUGAACCUCACUGCAAAAUUAGUUUUCUGAUUGAGUUCGUCCGUCCUUCCUUCCUUGCUCUCUCUCUCUCUCUGUCUAUUUUUUGUGAAGGAGAGAGUGCUGUGGUUUUUAAAUUUUUCAUUCAGGAUAAAGAACUAGAGAGAAAUUCUUUCUUCUCCAACUUGCCCACCUCCCCACUUGAAGAAAAUUUUUAUAUGAAUGCCUUACUGAGUCCUCAGUCUCUUUACUAUAACUUGGAGCAGUUUUUGAGGUUUACUGACAGACAUUAAAAUCCCUUUGAUUUUAAUGUGCUUGUUUUAAAGAUCACACCUGUUCAUGAAUGUAGAUAUUUUCUUCUGUUGCUUUUUGACUUUGUCUCCGUUUACGUUGGUGGUGGUGAAACUUACUUUUAAAAUUUUUUCACUGAAUGGAGUUUGUGCUUGAAUGAAGAGUGUGUCUUAAACCCUCGUUUUGGAUGGAUCGCACUUGGAUGAAAUAGGCACCGCUGUGUGGCUCUGUAAUUAAAUUCAUAACCAUUAUUUAUCUGUGAAUGACCAUUUCAAAAUUUAAUUCUAGUGUAUUCCUUCAUUGAAUUUCUUUCUGCUGCUUUGUAAACAUAACUAUGUAAUUGAUAUUUCAAUUUUUAAAUAUGUAAAUCUAAUAAUUGUCAUCUAGGUUUGUAGGGAUGAGUCAAGGAGCUAACUCACGGUUCUGUACUCAUUUUAAAAAAUGUUCGUAAAGGUUGAGGUCUAUUCAGCGACCUUCUCUGAGACACAAACGAUCACUGAAAACAGGUGCGAAACUGAUGCCGGGGCACGUGGGCUGCGAUUCCGCGCGUGUGGUGGAGGUGCCAUCGCAGAGGCUGGAGAGCUGCUGGGCUCAGGGAAGGGGGCGCGGUCGUUUGUCGCCUUGUUCCUUGUCGUUCGUGAAACUGAACUGCACAAGGUGCUCAUUUGAUCUGGGAGCAGAGCUGUUCUUAGGGUUUGCAAGCUAAUCAUUUUACUGUUCUGUUGACCUUGUACAAAAGAAUGAAAUUAAUCUGCAUGAUAGAAGAAAGGAACUGCUAAAUAUUUAUGAAAUGACUCAUUUGGACCAUGGGCUUCCUUCCCUUUAGUAGUAUACCAAGAAAAUACUUCUUCUAGCAAAAGGUCAUGUCCUGCAAUUUUGGGGCUUUUACCUUGGAAGUGUGUUUCCGCUCUCUUUCUGUUGCAUCAGGUUUAUUUGAAAAUUGUUUUGUGGCUACACUUUACAACUUCCUUCCCCGUAGUGGUAAAGAAUUAUGUCAUAGUUCUGUUGACACCCUCAGAUGAAGGAAGGUGGCGGUCAACCAGAUGGGCGUGGAACUGGGCGACUGACUGUUUCGCACCGUGGCCUUGUGCGUGGGUAGCGCGCCACUGACUUGGUCUUGGUCUAGUUUGCCGUCUCGAAGUGCAUCUUGGAGGCGCCCCUUUGUUCUGUAGUGAUGGGGUGCCUGAGGCAGGACUUGAUUACAGAUCGCUGUUCAUUCAUGUCAUGCCAAUUAUCAUAACAUUUCCAAAGUAUAAAAGCUACUUCAGGCUUAUGCAUGGUAUUUUGGGGUGAGCUCACACCUCAGCCUUUCCCCCAGCAUACACUGAGCUGCCUUUUGGGGGAUGGCUGGUCACCCGUACACAUUUUCUGUACCUUUCGGAAUAGUGCCUUAGCCAGGCCGGAGGUUCCCGUCGUGUCUUUGCUGACCAAAGUUUCCUGGACCUGUAAGAGAAGCUUCUUUUCAGGUUAGGGUCUGAAAAAUGUCCUUUCUUGCUUGUCAGAAAAUAAUUCCUCUAUAUUUGAGGGGGCAUGGGAUAGAAAAAAGCUGAAUCUACCCGGAUAGAGUAUAUUAAUGCUGCCUUUUAUGAUCCUUUAAUGGUAUGAUCUUAGUGUAGUGCUCAUUGUAAAAUCAUUACUGUUUAAAUUGCCAUUCCUCCACUAAUAAGGAAUAAACACAGUUUAUGGGUUUUGGUCUGAAGGGUAAUAGAGUGAGUAACCUCCAAAUAAACUAAAUAGUGUUCCUUGAUAUUUAAUAAUAUCAUGGUUGACAUACUUCUAAUUCCAAUUAAAACAAAAGUUAAAUGUGAUUAUGGUCUAGAAUAUUAUAGUACUACUAGCAACAUGCCAUUUAUUUUCAUGGAGAGCUGUUGGAAAGAGUUGCCCAAAUUCUAAAUUAAAUGCCAAGAGAGUAUUGAUCGUGACCCGGGGCCUGGGCACCGGGCAGACACGCAGGGGAAGAAGCGUAUAGCAUCUGCUUCGGGAGGAGGAUUGCCUCAGGCCUAAUGCCCUCAGGGCCCCAUGAUUUAGACGUGAUGCCCAGUUUGAAAUGGUCACAACUGAGCUCAUCAUUCCUCUACUCAUUUCAAAUUCAAACUUUCUUAAGUGUUCAAUUUUCAAAGAGUUAGUUUAUUUUGUGGUCGGUCAUAAAGCUUUUGGAAUGUACCUUGCUUUCCAGAGGAGACCCCGAUGCUGUAACCUGUGGAGAAUAAAAAGGUAAUCUGAAGGUGUUAGAGUCGAAGCCCACUGUCCCCUCAUGUUUUCACCAGAAGUCUGUUUGUAACUCUUCCCAGUCCGACUUCACCUGGGUUUCAUUUCCACCAGCCGCCGCCCCGGACAGAGAUGCCGCUUGCCGUGUUGCUCCUCGGUUUCACCGCAUGCGGAGCUCCUUGAUUGGCUGCCUUAGAUGUCUUGUCUAGUCAAGGACCGGGACUGUGCCAGAGGGAACAAAGCAAACCCGACAGGCUGGAACUUGUGACUUCGGGUCCCCAGAUACACCAGAACACAGACACAGAUAUUUUUGGUUGUGUCGAUUCCUGUGUUCAGGGUGGCCUUUAUCCUGACUUCCACUCUGGACUUGACGGAGCUCCCUGUAAGAAAUUUAUGAAGUCACACUAGAAUUCUCUUUGUUCUACGAUGAGGUUGCUUAGUAAGACAGCAUGCCCUUUCCUGAACACCUCGUGGCCGAAUAACCUUGUGGCUGCCAGUGCUAGAACCUUCCAGGAGUUUUAACUAGUACUCUGCAUUUGAAGCACUUUCACACGUACACUUAAAAUGACAGUUUUAACAAUAAAAUGAUGUUAAGUUAAUCACUGUGAAACUUGAAAGUGUGAUGCUCUGCAUUUUAGGAAGCUUUAAGUAAAUUCUGAUCUUCCUUUAUUAAUUAUGAAACCCACAUGAUUUAUGUAUUUUACUUUCCAUCUCUGAAGUGGUAUAAAUGACUGACAUAUUACUGGCAGGCAGCUACUUUUAAGGCAUAUUGUAAAUCAUGGUUGUUUAACUUUUCCAGAGAAAGUGGUGACGUGUUUACUUCUUCCUUGUGUGGAGCCAGGGGGAUUAGAUUUACUGGCUAACUCAUUUCCAGUGUUUCUGCAACACAAAAUAAAUGUAACCCUACUCUUUAACUUGCAUGCUAGUGAUAUGCUUUGCUUUUUAGUAAACAAAUAUGCAAGAAAUAGUAA